CUCUCUGACUGACGACAAUACCGAAGCUCUCUUCCUCCUCUCUAUCUAUCUCUCUCUCUCCUCCUUCGCUGUCUUCUCCAUUCCUUCAAACAUACAUACAUAUGUAUAUAGGGUUUGGGUAAUCAAUCUGCAACAAUGGCGGCGAGUAAUGGUGGGUUUGUUGGGGAUGAACCGGGUUGCUGCUAUUCAGAGCUCCUGUUCGGGAACGAGAUUUCGGGUCUUGACGACGACUGCUUCGGCUUUUCUUCUUCCUUCUCAUCUUCCGAUCACAGUAACACUUUCAACACUCCAAAGAUGCUUUGUUUCGGCGAUUGUGCCGCCAAUGGUAACAAUCUGGAGCUCCAUAAACCGCCCCAGAAACCCGAACCCGCAUGCAAAGCCUCCACGCCCAAAUCCAACCAGAAGAAGAGAGACGGGUCGCGGGUCGAAAGUCCCGGAGCUCCGAGUGGGAAUCAGAGGAGCAGUAAGAGGCAUAAGGGAAGUAACGGUAACGGUAACGGCGGCAAUGUGAAGGUUGUCAAGAAACAGAAGCUGGGGGAAAGAAUCACGGCAUUGCAACAGCUCGUUUCACCCUUUGGCAAGACGGACACGGCAUCAGUGCUUCACGAAGCAUUAGGCUACAUAAGAUUCCUGCAGGACCAGGUCCAGGCCCUGUGCUCCCCAUACUUGCAACGUUCCUCAGAAGGUCCUCCGGGUCCCGGUGUUGAUGGAUCAAGUAACGAAGCAAGAAAAGACGACCUGCGAAGCAGAGGAUUGUGUCUCGUCCCAGUCGAGCUGACCGUACACGUGGCGGAAUCUAACGGCGCUGAUCUGUGGACGUCGGCGGGCUUGCUCGAUUCUGUUUACUCUGCCUGAUCGUCUGCCUUAAUUUUCACAAUUUUUGUAGUAUUAUGACAAAACAACAACAAACAGUUGGGGAAACUAAACAAGAAAUAGAACCAUCUUUUGUAUAUAUAUAUAUAUAUUCAAUAUGUAUAAAUAAAUAUAUAAAAAAAUUACUGUUUUUGGUAAUUAUGUUUGGCUGGGUGGUCUCUCUUUUGUUGGGUAGGAAAGUAAAAAAAUUGAGCGAAGGGGGAGGAGUAGUGUUCAAAAAUCAAAUUUGCAUUUUGCUCUGUUUUGUUGUCAGAGUGCGAAUUUCAAAAAAGUCGUGUUUUUGGUUGGCGUGAGAAACGCUGUU